GUUACAGAUGUAUCUAUCUAUAUAUUAUAGUAGAGUAGUAGCUGAUUGUUCAAUCGACAAGUGGUGCGCCGAGUGAUUGACACGUGGACGACACCAAAAUAUGUAGUGUCAUAUGUAUUGAACCUGAAAUGAAUAAAAAAUAAUAGUCAUUAUCAAAUCUUGAAAUGAAUAUAAAAUAAUAGUUAUUAGGGUGGCAAAAACAGGCAUUUUAUGUCUUUGAGAUUCAAACUUCAUUAUAUAAAGGAGCAUGCAUCUAAUGUUCAUACCUCUAUCUUUCUAAACAUCACUUCUUCCAGUUUGAAAAAGUGUCAAAGGCUAGCUGAUUGUAGUGGUUUUCCGUUUAUCAAACUAACCAUGGCUGAAUCGUUUGAUAUGUUGAUGGACAUCAGUCCGAAAAAACUUGCAUGGAACUUCUUGGUCUAUGUUGUUCGUUUGUGGGAAGCUCCUAGCCGGUACAAUCUUAAAGAGAUCAAUAGCAUUGAAAUGGUUCUUCAAGAUAGUCAGGGAGGGAGGAUCCAAGCUUCGGUCCCUAAGGCGUUGGUACGUAGAUGGAAUGAUAACCUUGCUGAGUUCAAGAUGUAUAAAAUGUCAAAUUUCAUUGUUGUAGACAAGAGGGAGAAAACCAAGACAACUAUGAAUCGGUGGACCUUAAACUUCUCUCACCGAACUGUGGUGCUCUUGGUGGAGAAUCCAACUUUCCCACUUCAAGCGUUUCGAUUAACGCAAAUUCCAGAGUUGUUAAAUGCUGACAGGAUCGAUGACUCUCAAUUAGUAGAUAUUAUGGGUGAAGUGGUUGGAAAGGAAGAUCCCAGGGAACUCAUCACAAGCAAAGGGAAGGAAACGAAGCGUCUAGCUAUUUUGGUUGAAGAUCUUGAUAAUUAUCGUAUUGGGUGUGUGUUGUUUGGGGACAUGGUUGAUCAAAUACUACCAUACCUAGAUGAUGGAAGAGUUGAGCCAUUGAUAGUGGUCCUGCAGUUCUUCCGACCGAGUAGAUGGAAUGAGAAAACCUCAGUACAGAGUCAUUUCGACAUUUCUAAGCUACGCAUCAAUCCCGAUCUCGAUGAGGUUCGCGACUUCCGUGACAGGAGGCUUGCCGCUACACCCUCAAAUUUGGUCAGAAUUAGUCAAGUCAACACAAACAACUCACAUUCUGGGGCAGAUGAACUUAAGCGGGGAGAUGUGACGGUGAACACAAUAGAGGAAGCACUAAACUCUACACAGGAAGGCCCUUUGUGGAUUGCUGGAACAGUUGUGGCAAUCAAUUCUGGCAAGGAUGAUUGGUUUUACAAAUCAUGUAGGAAGUGUCCGAAGAAGGUUGAAACACCAAUUGGAAAUAGAUACGAGUGUGGAAAGUGUGGCCACACUCACGGAAGUGCAUCACUAAGGUUUAAGGUUGAGGUGAUGGCCUAUGAUGGCACUGGUAGCAUAACACUGCUUCUAUGGGAUCGAGAAACAGUUCAACUAUGUGGUAGACAAGCAGAACAGAUCAAGGAUGAGGAGGAACUUUAUGCUGAAGGAUACCCUGCAGCUCUUGAGAGCCUUUUAGAAAGAAAACUGCUUUUUAAGGUGAAUGUCAAAUCCUCCAACAUCAAGCUAUAUGACCAGGUGUAUACAGUGAUGAAGGUCUGCGAGGAUGAUACAAUUUUUGAAAUGCAUCUGCCAAAUAAAACGUUCUCUACUGUAACUGUAUGUGCUAAAAGUUUGUAGGUUCCUUGAUUAUAUUGAGACUUUGAGCAGUUUAUAUGGCUAUAAUAUCUAAGUAGGAAUAUCUCCAAUAUGGUUGUAGGAUACUGGGUGCAGUAACUCGGUGGAUUUGUCAGCAACUAUGGUUAAUAUCAACAAUCUUAGUGAUUCUCAAUAUUCUGUGGAUGUUGUGGAGGAUAGUGUUACAAGCCUCAAGUGCAAAACCCCAGCAAAAACAGCUACCAUGGUUUUAAACCAACAAAUUCCCAUCAACAUUGAGAAUGAAGAAGAACUGGGGUUUUCAACCAACAAACUUACCCGCAAUCGUGGAAAGAGACAGAAGAUGCAAGUUCAUGAUAAUAAUGAAUGAGCUUUAUGAAAUACUUAUUUCAGAGAUAUCUAUAAACAGUGUUUUGCUUAGC